AUGGCCAGGAACAGAACCUCCUGGCAUUACUUGCCUCCCGAGAUUCGAAACAUGAUUCUUCAUUUCCUACCAAUUCUUGGCGGGAAGUGCAGUCAGCUCGUGACCGUUUCUAAAGCUUGGCAAUUAAUUCUCGAGCCGCUUAACUUUGCUGAGAUUAGCCUGACAGUACCACGCCUUACCGACCCCAACUCUCAAGCUAUUCUAUUCAAGAAGAGAAACUAUAUUCGCUAUAUCUGGUUUCGUGUGGAACUAAAACAAUACGACUGCACACGCUGCGCGAAUACUGACCAGGACCGUUGGGGCUUGGACGACAUAGAUAACCAAUUUAUCGCGGAUGGGUUUGAAAGCCUGUUUACAAUACUAAGCAUAUGGGAGCCUCGUGGUGACUUGGUCCUCGAUAUCAGUGUCUACUCGUCUAGUGAUAACCAGCACUGGUUCAAGUACCUAAGCUUCUGCUCAGACACCAACACCAACCUAGACGAGUGCCCGUCGCGCCAUGGACAUGAACAAGGAACCGCCCUGAUCAAUGACCCGGCCCAUGGCUGGGUUGCCGGACAGCGGGUGCUGGCUCCUACUGACCACGCCAUCGAAUUGACGUUCGACGAGAUCAUGGCCGAGGGGCCCUUCGACGACGAGGAACCCGAGAUGCAGUGGUGGCGGAGUCUCCCCUUUGUACCUGUCGUUGGGGUCGUGCUCCUUCGCCAGCAGACCCGCCGGCGAUGGAAGCCGGUUGCGCUCGCCAAUAUGCUCACGCGGUUCCCAAACAUGAAGGAACUUUGUUAUGAACCCUGGAGAGAGUGGGGUGGAAGAAGUUCAAUGGAGCUGCAUACCGAUAAACGCAACCAGACGCUAAUCGAAUCCUUUCCCUGUACGAAAUUGGAUAAGUUGACGAUAUUCGAGAACUUUAACGAGGUUUACCCACAAAUUCAUUCCAGGUGUUUCCCUACCGGUCUCACGACGACGACGACUAUCAGGACGCCGAACCCGGCUGUAAGCCAGAAACUUGCCUACGCCAGCCUACACCUCACGAUGCUAUCUGCCUCUUUUAUGGCCGACGCUGGUUACUUCUUCGCAUCGCGCCAAGGUUCAUGGACGUGGGAUAAGCUUACCUUACUAGCGCUGACUUCGACGGCCCUGACGAACGAUGCGGACCCCUUGGGUAUUAAUAAUAUGCUUCAAGACGCUGCUACCACAGCGCUUAAGAUGCCAAGACUUAAUACGAUGGAGUUGUGGAACGGUAGACGGGGUAUGGCAAUGGUCUUUCGCUAUCAGAGGGCUCAAGACGGGCAGCCAGCUAUUAUCACCGUACGGGGGACGUGGGGGUUUGUGCUAGGGAUUGCGGUUAAGCAAGCUUGGGAUGUGGUCGCUCACCGGCACUGCCAAGGAAAGGUCGUCGUACAAACCUCUUGGAUCGAUCCAGAUGCGAUUCGAUGCCAUGGUGAUGCGAUCCGCCAGCUAGGACUUUCGACCGAGGUUAUUAGGCCAGUCUCGCUGCAGCAAAUCCUUAGCGAAGAUCGGCUUAGGGCAUAA